AUGGAGUCGGAAGGCAAAACUGAUCGUCAGCUGAAUAAAGAUUACUCUGUUGUGCUCUGUAAGAAUUUUUCAUGGGUGUUUCCAGCUGUUUCCGUCUCAACCGGCGAGAGGAUGAAGAAGAGAACACCUUCAGUGAUAGUGAUUGGAGCUGGUAUGGCUGGGAUUUCGGCCGCUCGCACUCUUCAAGAUGCUUCCUUUCAGGUUGUGGUAUUGGAGUCCCGAGACAGAAUUGGUGGAAGAGUUCACACCGAUUACUCAUUCGGGUUUCCUGUUGAUUUAGGUGCAUCUUGGUUGCAUGGUGUCUGUAAAGAGAAUCCUCUGGCUGCAAUUAUUGGGAGAUUAGGUUUGCCCCUUUAUCGUACUAGCGGUGACAAUUCGGUCUUGUAUGAUCACGAUCUUGAGAGUUAUGCUCUAUUCGAUAAAGCUGGUAACCAAGUUCCUCAGGAGUUGGUAACAAAGGUUGGCGAAAAUUUUGAGCACAUUCUAGAAGAGAUCUGUAAAGUCCGGGAUGAGCAGGUUGAAGACAUGUCAAUAGCUCAAGCCUUUUCUAUUGUUUUCAAGAGAUCACCUGAACUGAGGUUGGAGGGGCUUGCCCAUAAUGUGCUUCAGUGGUACUUGUGCCGCAUGGAAGGAUGGUUUGCUGCUGAUGCUGAAACCAUCUCGGCAAAGUGUUGGGACCAGGAAGAACUGUUGCCUGGUGGACAUGGUCUUAUGGUUAGAGGGUAUCGUCCUGUCAUCAACACUCUUUCGAAAGGACUUGAUAUUCGACUAAACCACAGGGUCACCAAGAUUGCCAGGCGCUACAAAGGAGUGAAGGUGACUACCGAGAAAGGAGACACGUUUGUUGCGGAUGCUGCAGUCAUUGCUCUUCCUCUUGGAGUCCUGAAGUCAGGGAUGGUUGAAUUCGAGCCAAAGCUUCCAGAGUGGAAACAGGAAGCUAUCAACGAUCUUGGUGUGGGAAUCGAGAACAAGAUCAUCCUGAACUUUGACAAUGUGUUUUGGCCAAACGUGGAGUUUCUAGGAGUGGUUGCGGAAACCUCCUACGGGUGCAGUUAUUUCUUGAACCUGCAUAAAGCCACAAGCCAUCCUGUCCUUGUCUACAUGCCGGCUGGUCAGCUGGCUAGAGACAUUGAGAAAAUGUCUGACGAAUCAGCUGCCAAUUUUGCUUUUUCGCAACUCCAGAAAAUUCUUCCUGAUGCAUCUUCACCGAUACAUUAUUUGGUAUCAAGGUGGGGAUCAGACAUCAAUUCAUUGGGAUCAUAUAGCUAUGACAUUGUGAACAAACCUCACGACCUCUACGAGAGGCUGAGAGUUCCUCUGGACAAUCUAUUCUUUGCUGGGGAAGCUACGAGCUCGAGCUUUCCGGGAUCAGUGCACGGUGCUUAUUCAACCGGGUUGCUGGCUGCUGAAGACUGCAGAAUGCGUGUGCUUGAGCGCUAUGGAGAGCUUGAACAUGAGAUUGAAGAGGAAGCUCCUGCCUCUGUCCCUCUUCUCAUCUCCCGUAUGUAA